UUUCCUCAAACACAGGAGACAGGGAAGGGCUCUGGUCGUAAAGGAUGAUGUCAGUUUGUUCAGAUUCCAGUUUGAGCUCCACACAGCAGGACGUCUGAGGCAGGUGUUUUGCUCUCAGAUUGAGAAGAUGAGUGAUUUAGGAGAUGCAGAGGACAGAGCAGUGUCUCCGGUUCCCAGCUGUCUUUCCAUGCAGAGCGAUCAGUCCAAAGGACACCCUCUACACUUCAGUGAUGAAGCUGAAUCAUCAGACACACAACAGAAAACAGAGUCUCCAGUAUCCAGCUCUCUGUCCAUGAAGAGUGACUUUUCCAAAGAGGAACCUCCAUACUUCAGUAAUGAACCUGGACCCUCAGACACAAAGCAUCAUGGGAGAUGGUUUCUACUACAGAAAACAGAGUCUCCAGUAUCCAGCUCUCUGUCCAUGAAGAGUGACUUUUCCAAAGAGGAACCUCCAUACUUCAGUAAUGAACCUGGACCCUCAGACACAAAGCAUCAUGGGAGACGGUUUCUACUACAGAAAACAGAGUCUCCAGUAUCCAGCUCUCUGUCCAUGAAGAGUGACUUUUCCAAAGAGGAACCUCCAUACUUCAGUAAUGAACCUGGACCCUCAGACACAAAGCAUCAUGGGAGACGGUUUCUACUAGAGAAGAAGAAGAGGACUCAUGCUUCUGUGGUGGAACAGUCGUCCUGCUGUGCUUUGUGUCAGGACGUCCUGAAGGAUCCAGUCUCUAACAGCUGUGGACACUGGUUUUGCAGACAGUGCAUCACCUCCUACUGGGACCAGUUGUCUUCAUCAGGAGACUACUCCUGUCCCCAGUGUGGACAAAGAUCCAGAACAAGAGCUGGAUUGCAGACAGCCAUUCAGACCAGCACUGUACAAAUGGACGUUGGUCUGCAGGAGGUUUUAGAUGAACAUAAGAUCAGUCUGAAGAGGAGAUGUGAACAUGUGACUGAAGGAACUGAUGAAACAGGAAGUGAAACCUGCCUCAACAGGAUCUACACUGAGCUCUACAUCACAGAGGGACAGAGUGAAGAGGUUAAUACCCAACAUGAGGUGAGGCAGCUUGAGACAACUUCCAAGAUGAAGACCCUCCAUGACACUCCAAUCAAGUGUCAUGACAUCUUUAAAGCCUUACCUGGUCAACAGAAACACAUCAGAGUUGUUCUGACCAACGGCGUCGCUGGCGUUGGAAAAACCUUCUCCGUACGGAAGUUUACUCUGGACUGGGCCGAGGGUUUGGAAAACCAAGAUGUCAGUCUGGUGAUUCCACUUUCAUUCAGGGAAUUAAACUUGAUCAAAGAUGAGCAGUACAGUCUUCUCAAGCUGCUCCGUGUUUUCCAUCCAACAUUACAGAAGGUCACAGCAGAGGAGCUCGCUGUCUGGAAAGUUCUGUUCAUCUUUGACGGCCUGGAUGAAAGCAGACUGUCAUUGGAUUUCAAGAACAAGAGGGUCGUGUCUGAUGUCACACAGAAGUCAUCAGUCAACGUGCUGUUGACAAACCUCAUCCAGGGGAAUCUGCUUCCCUCGGCUCUGGUCUGGAUAACUUCCCGACCUGCAGCAGCCAAUCAGAUCCCUCCUGCACGUGUUGACAGGGUAACAGAAGUACGAGGCUUCACUGACGCCCAGAAGGAGGAGUACUUCAGGAGGAGAGUCAGUGAUGAAGAGCUGUCCAGCAAAACUAUCUCCCAUAUCAAGACCUCCAGGAGCCUCCACAUCAUGUGUCUAAUCCCAGUCUUCUGCUGGAUCACUGCUACAGUUCUGGAUCACAUGUUGACUACAGAACAGAGAGGAGAGCUGCCCAAGACCCUGACUGACAUGUACUCACACUUCUUGCUGGUUCAGACAAAGAGGAAGAAGCAGAAGUAUAAUGAGGGACAAGAGACAAGUCCUGAGGAGCUGACGGAGGCUGACAGGGACGUUCUUCUGAAGCUGGGGAGGCUGGCGUUCGAACAGCUGGAGAAAGGAAACAUCAUGUUCUACCAAGAAGACCUGGAGAAGUGUGGUCUGGAUGUCACAGAGGUCUCUGUGUUCUCAGGAAUUUGUACAGAGAUCUUCAAAAAAGAAAGUGUGAUCUUUGGUAAAACUGUCUACAGCUUUGUUCAUCUGAGCGUUCAGGAGUUUCUAGCUGCAGUCUACCUGUUCCACUGUUACACAAACAAGAACACAGAGGUACUGAGGGCUUUUUUGGGGGAAAAGAAGAGCCACUCAUCCCAGAAAAGGACUGGUCAUCAAACUGAUGAUGAUUAUUACGACCAAGACGAUCUAGAUGAUUAUUACGACCAAGACGAUCUAGAUGAUUAUUAUGACCAAGACGAUCUAGAUGACUAUGACCAAGAUGAUCGAGAUGAUUUCUAUGACCAAGAUGAUCGAGAUGAUUUCUAUGACCAAGAUGAUCGAGAUGUUUAUUAUGACCAAGACGAUCGAGAUGAUUUCUACGACCAAGACGAUCGAGAUGAUUUUUAUGACCAAGACGAUCGAGAUGACUACGACCAAGAUGAUCAAGAUGAUUUCUAUGACCAAGAUGAUCGAGAUGAUUUCUAUGACCAAGAUGAUCGAGAUGAUUACGACCAAGACGAUCGAGAUGAUUUCUAUGACCAAGACGAUCGAGAUGAUUACGACCAAGACGACCGAGAUGAUUUCUAUGACCAAGAUGACCGAGAUGAUUAUUAUGACCAAGACGAUCGAGAUGAUUACAACCAAGAUGAUCGAGAUGUUGAUCAUUACGUAGACACAGUCUCAUCACUGGAUGACUUCCUGAAGAGAGCCAUGGAAAAAUCCCUCAAAAGUAAAAAUGGCCACCUGGACCUGUUUGUUCGCUUCCUUUAUGGCCUUGCUCUAGAGUCCAACCAGAGGCUCUUAGGAGGUCUGCUGGGUCCGACAAACAACAGUCCACAAGUCAUCCAGAGAGCCAUGAACGACCUGAAGAAGAUGAACCUGGACAAGAUCUCUCCUGACAGAAGCAUCAACAUCUUCCACUGUCUGACGGAGAUGAACGACCACUCAGUUCAUGAGGAGAUCCAAGAGUUCUUGAAAUCAGGGAGCAGAUCGAAGAAGGAACUCUCUGUGAUCCACUGCUCAGCUCUGGCCUACAUGCUUCAGAUGUCAGAGGAGGUUCUGGACGAGUUGGACCUGAAGAAGUACAACACAUCAGAGGACGGACGACUGAGACUGAUUCCAGCUGUGAGGAACUGCAGAAAGGCUGUACUUCCUAACUGUGGACUUUCAGACAUUCACUUUGAAGUUGUGGCCUCAGCUCUGAAGUUUGAUCCCUCCCAUCUGAAAGAACUGGACCUGAACAACAACAGUCUGCAGGAUUCAGAAGUGAAGCUACUAUCUGCUGGAUUGGAGAGUCCAAACUGUAGACUGGAGACUCUGAGAUUGAGUGACUGCAGGUUGUCAGGAAUCAGCUGUGUUUCUCUGGCCUCAGCUCUGAAGUCCAAUCCCUCCAAUUUGAAAGAGCUGCAGCUGAGCUACAAUCACAACCUGCAGGACUCAGGAGUGAAGCUGCUGUGUGAUUUUCUGGAGAGUUCAAACUGUAAACUGGAGACUCUGAGGUUGAGUUGGUGCAGUUUGUCAGAGAUCAGCUGUGUUUCACUGGCCUCAGCUCUGAAGUCCAACCCCUCCCAUCUGAGAGAACUGGACCUGAGUGGAAACGACCUGCAGGAUUCAGACGUGAAGCUGCUGUGUGAUUUUCUGGAGAGUCCAAACUGCAGACUGGAGACUCUGAGACUGAGCGACUGCAGCCUGUCAGAGAUCAGCUGUGUUUCCCUGGCCUCCGCUCUGACUGCUAAUCCCUCCCAUCUGACAGACUUGGACCUGAGAGGAAACAAGCUGCAGGAUUCAGACGUGAAGCUGCUGUGUGACCUGAAGAAGAGUCCACACUGCCAACUGGAGACUCUGAGGUGGAAGUGAUGAUCUGUGCGAUCAGGACGAUGGAUGUGCUGCUCAGCUGUGUCUGAUGAUCCAGAGUAUCUUCAGUUCAGAUUCACCAGCGUAAUGAAACGCAAAUGUGUCAUCAUCAAAUGGUUCAUCCCGUCCACCUUAUUCCUGACAGUGCUGCUGUGGAAAUGAAAAUGUACUGAACAUCCAGUGAGGCGACGACAGUAGCAGUUAGCUAACUCAGUGCAUUGACAGUCUGUAGUUCGUCCUAGUGGCUGAUCUUGUUUCUUUUUGAAAGAAUUUUGCCUUCAGUUUAGCAAAUAAUAUUUGUUUUUAAACCGAUAUUUAGCUAACGUUAAAUUUAGAUUUUAUAAAAUGUCCCAACAAUAUUCCCUACAGAGACAAAUACAUAUCCAUCCGUCCUGAAUAACACCGGAUCAUCUCGUAUUGAAAAAUAAAAUCUACUGUUCCUCACUGAAUCAAUACGAGAUGUGAUUUCCUGUAUUUUCGUGCACACUUUACUCUUAUGUAUCCACCACGUUUUCAACUGCUUGAAAUGACACAAGAAACAAUAAAACCAGAAAAGUUUAGAGAGUGUAGAAAUAUUAAAUCAGAGUUUGUAGAAGAGAACGACACAAACACUAACAGGUCUGUCACUAAACAUCAGGACACAAUAUCUGUCUUUAGAGCCCAGGCUCUGGCGUCUGGACAGUGACUGGCUGCCUCAGACACUGACGAUAUAAACUGUCCUUUAAUGAUGACAAUACGCCGUUAUAGUUUAAUGGGUGGUAUUCAAAAGUAAUAAUCCAGAGGGAAAAUGAGGAGAGAAGAGAAGAAAGACGUGUAUUCUACAACAUCCCCCGAACCAAACCAGUUCUUUAAACCACCUCUUUACUUCUUAUUGUGCUAAUCAUUUGUAUGUAUGUAGAAUGUAUGUGUCUAUUAUUAUUAAUGUUGAUGAUGAUGAUGAUGAUGGUAUCUUCUGAAUCACACACAGACACACCCUGAACUUUGACCCUGUUAUUUAUAUAUCUGUUACCGUGGUGAUAAAUCAAACGCCACUUGCGGAGCUCACCAGAGACGGAGGUCAACCUGCAGAGCUCCACUUUAGUUUAUUUGCAGUGUGUGUAGUUUGACUUUAAAGUUCUGACUGUAGAUUCAAACAGAUUCAUGAAAGUGAGAUCACAUCUGUAGUUCUGUUAUUAUCAUUUUUUAUAUCUAUGAUUAUUUUGUUCAUCUAAACAAUUAAAAGUCCUGUUAUUACUGUU